GAAGGGCGGAGCGAGGGAGAGAGAUGCUUCUGUGAUUGGUGAAAAGAUACCUCAGUCUGGACCUCGGAUUUGAGAGUGACGUAACCACACCGCCUUCCCCUCCAUUGGCUUAAUUGCCCGGGAGGCGGGACUAAGUAGCAAACGGGGACUAGAAAUAGGGAUGCUGAAAAGCAACGGGGAGAGACGCAGUUGUGACGCAUUUCCGGAGGUCUAUGCGAGGAAGAUGGCUGCAUCCCAGCAGCAAGCUUCAGCGGCUUCCUCAGCUGCUGGUGUAUCGGGUCCUAGUUCGGCUGGCGGCCCGGGUCCCCAGCAGCAGCCGCAACCGCCAGCACAACUGGUGGGCCCUGCCCAGAGCGGCCUCCUGCAGCAACAGCAACAGGACUUCGAUCCUGUGCAGCGUUAUAAGAUGCUCAUCCCGCAGCUGAAGGAGAGUCUACAGACCUUGAUGAAGGUUGCAGCCCAAAACUUGAUUCAGAACACUAACAUCGACAAUGGACAAAAGAGCAGUGAUGGACCCAUACAGCGCUUUGACAAGUGCCUGGAAGAGUUCUACGCACUCUGUGACCAGUUGGAGCUCUGCCUGCGCCUGGCGCAUGAGUGCCUGUCACAGAGUUGUGACAGUGCCAAGCACUCUCCAACGCUGGUGCCCACAGCCACCAAGCCCGACGCAGUGCAGCCUGACAGCCUCCCCUACCCACAGUACCUGGCGGUCAUCAAAGCCCAGAUUUCCUGUGCCAAGGACAUUCACACCGCCCUGCUGGACUGUGCCAACAAGGUCACGGGCAAGACGCCCGCACCACCUGCUGGCCCUGGGGGCACCCUGUGAAGUGGGGGACAGGGAGUGGGGCAGGCAGUGGUUGGUGGGUGGUGUGCAAAGGGAAUGAAGAGCUUCCUGGGCCUAAACACAGCAGCCUCUCCUCUUUUCCUGCCUGAGCACCGCAGCAGGAGCCAGCAGGGGGCAGCAGAGGCCAACAGGGAGCUCGCAGGCCAGGCCCCUGCGUCCCUGCCCCUUCUUCCUGCUCCCCCUCCUAGUCUAGGGUAGACUUUGGACUGUGUGUGUUGAUGACCUCUCUGUUCCACAGGCCCUCCCCCAUCUUGGCCUGGGUGUGGAGCCCUGGCUGUCCCCUCUCCCUCAGUCCUUCCUGUCUGCAGCUGGGAGGUGGUCUCUGUGUGCCACUCCUCUGUGUCUCUAUUACAGUUGUGUCUCUCUCAUCCUGUCUCUUUUUGUCCUUGUUUCUCUGCUCCUGUUAAUGUGUUUCUCCCCGUGGUCCUAUGUCUCUCACUCUGGCCUCUCUCUCUUAGUCCCCUUUAGCUGUCUUCUAUCCCCAGCUCCUAAAUGGGACUCUGUGUCUAUGCAGGGGGCCAGCACCCCUAGGUUAUCUGGGGCUAAGGGAAGGGACUUCAUUUCCAGGGGCCACAGCCAAGUCCAGAGUCCCCCAGCGGCUCGCAUGUCAGCCCAGACCCCAGGGUCCUUGGCCUAGGAGAGGAGCAGUGGAGGGGCCCAGGCUCUGAGCUCCACAGGUCUGAGCAGGGAGCAACUCAGGCCCCCACCCAAGCCUGCGUCAGCGGAACUUGAGUGAGGGGCGUUGUGCAAUCUGUGGCAAGGCUGGCCCAGCUGGAUGCCUGGGUCCCAGUAUUUUUAGCCCCAAAGGAGAAGUGAAAAGGCCCCAGCUGGGGUGAAUCAUCAGUCCUGGGGAAGAACCCAGGCGCCUAAGCCCCAGCUCCGGGAAGCAGGCGCUGGGGAGGGGGCUUCAAGGAAGGAGUGCCCCCUCAGACUCCCUGCUUCUCUGGGAGCUUCAGGAAGCUCAGCCUCGGCCUUCAGGCCUGAGCAAGUGCAGGGCGGAGCUACUAGCCCAGGCUCAGAUGUUGGGGUGUGAAAGCCUCAAGUGACUCAGCCUAGUUGGAGAACUGCCCCACCCAGUAUCUUCUGUGCCAUGGUUCCCACAUUCCCACUCAGUGGCCUCCUGUCCUGGACCCCAUGUCUGCAAGGAAACCCUAGGACCAUGGAUGCCUCUGUGAUUCACGCUGAGCCCAAGUCCCCACACUGGAAAACUGGGAAAUGGCCAGCUGUGUGUCCCAGGAAAUUCCUCCCCUUUUUCUUCCUUGAAGUGCCCGAGCAUGUAAGGCAAGAAGGAAGGCUGAAGCGCUGUCCCUAGGAGGAAUUUCUCCUUCAGGGAAGCCUCAGUUUUGCCCAUUUAUCUAACUGAAUCAGUUUUCUACCCAAUCCCCCGAUUUUGUAGGAUAAUCUCCCUUAUCUAAAGUCAACUGAUUAUGGACUUUAAUCACAUCUACAAAACACUUCCAUGGCAACAGCUAGAUGAGUGUUUGAAUAACUGGGACUGUAGCCCGUCCAAGUUGACACAUAAAACUGACCAUCGGGGCCGGGGGCGGUGGCUCUCGCCUGUAAUCCCAACACUUUGGGAGCCCGAGGCAGGCGGAUCACAAGGUCAGGAGUUCAAGACCAGCCUGGCCAACAUGGUGAAAUCCCGACUCUAAGGCCGGGCGCAGUGGCUCACGCUUGUAAUCCCAGCACUUUGGGAGGCCGAGGCGGGCAGAUCAUGAGGUCAGGAGAUCGAGACCACGGUGAAACCCUGUCUCUACUAAAAAUACAAAAAAAAAUUAGCCGGGCGUGGUGGCGGGCGCCUGUAGUCUCAGCUACUCCGAGAGGCUGAGGCAGGAGAAUGGCAUGAACCUGGGAGGCGGAGCUUGCAGUGAGCCGAGAUUGCGCCACUGCACUCCAGCCUGGGCAACAGAGCGAGACUCUGUCUCAAAAAAAAAAAAAAAAAAAAAAAGAAAUCCCGACUCUACUAAAAAUACAAAAAAUUAGCCGGGUGUGGUGGCACGAGCCUGUAGUCCCAGCUACUCGGGAGGCUGAGGCAAGAGAAUCAUUUGAACCUGGGAGGCAGAGGUUGCACUGAGCCAAGAUCGCACCAUUGCACUCCAGCCUGGGCGACAGGGCAAGACUCUGUCUCAAAAAAAUAAACUGACCAUCUACUCCUUGUCAUCUGGGCACCCUCACCAUCUCCUUAACCACACUUAAUCUCCAAAUGAGUACGAUAACAUAGUCAUAGUCCCACCCAGCAUGAUGCAAUUAAUCUUGCAUACAACUGAAAACUAACCCUUUCCCCAACAGAGCCCACCAGCAGUGGUGAUUUCGGUCCGUGAGCACGCACCCAAGACUGAGGGACUGCCGGCCCUCCCAGGUGGUGUCAACAUCACACACAGGUGGGGGGCCUGAUAGCCCAGCACCCAUGAUACAGGGCCUACCAAUGCUUAAAACCACACCCAGGGAGGCCACAGAGGCACUCAGUGGGUGGCAAGGUAAUGGAUGCACAUUUACCAGGCACAGGGUGGAGGUGGGCACCACGAAGUUGCACUCAGCAAACACAUUGGGUAUCUUGUGCCCAAGGCCUGUAUUUGUGGAGCUGAUAUUCUAGUGAGAGACAGUAAAUGUGACAAAAGUAAAAUAGAUGGUGAGAAAACAGAAAAAUGAGAUCAGAAGUGGAGAUGUUGGGGCCAGGCACAGUGGCCCAGACCCGUAAUCCCAUCACUUUGGGAGGUGCAGGCAGGCGGAUGGCUUGAGCCCAGGAAUUCAAGACCAGUCCGGGCAACAUAGCAAAAGCCCUUAUCUGCAAAAAAUUCAAAAAUUAGCCAGGUGUGGUGGUGCGUGCCCAGGUUAAGAGGUGGGAGGAUGCCUUGAGCUUGAGAGGUCGAAGCUGCAGUGAGCUGUGAUCGCACCACUGCACUCCAGCUUGGUUGACGGAGACCCUGUUUUUUUAAAAAAAGAAGUGGAGGUGUUUACACAAGCAAAAUACUCAUUUUUUUAAGUGUAAUUAAGUUGAAGAUGAAAAAGUGGAAAUGUAUAAUUUAAAAAAUCACACUUAGGAGCAAAUCUAACACAUGAAAUGUAACAUCUGCAUAUGGAGAAUUGUGUUACUUUAUUGAAAAACAUUAAAAGUUUGAGAACUUAAAUUGGA